AUGGGGCCCCCGGGCAAUAGGGGAUCAUGGGGCCCCUGUGUCCUUGCCCAAACUCAAAAAAGCCUCCCAACCCUAAUGAUUACUGCUAACCUUAACCCUAACCCUAGUCCUCAACCCUAACCCUAACAUGCGACUUUGGACACAUAAAGGUUCCUACACAGGGGCGGACUGACAACUCAUGGGGCCCCCUGGCAAUAGGGGAUCAUGGGGCCCCUGUGUCCUUGCCCAAACUCAAAAAAGCCUAUGAAAAAGGUACCAGGGGAAUCUCAUGGGGCCUCUACUGACCCCAGGCCCUCGGGCAGUGCCCGAGUUUCCAAAUGGUCAGUCCGCCCCUGUUCCUACACUACUUUGAUG